CUCUCCUCUCCUUCGCUUGUUAAAACCUCUCUUUCCUCGCCACACGAAAAACCCUCUUUUUCCGCCUCCAGAGAGAGUUUCCUCUUUCUCUCGCCGCCACCCCAAAGACAAAUGGCCGGGCUGAGCCGACUGGGAUCCGCGGCGGCAGCAGCAGCUCCAUCGUCGGCCCUCCGACGCCUCGGGUUCCUCACCGGCAGUCGAGCUUGCUACGGAUCAGCGGCGGCGGCUGUGGAGUACCAGUACUCCGACGACGAGGAGGAAUGCUGCAAUUACUCUGGACAAGAUGGUUCUCCGGCGCGACAGGGCAUGCGGGCGGCUGCGGCAGGUUCGACGUUGGAGAGAGGUGUUCAAUGGGUGUUGAUCGGCGAUCCCGGAGCGAAGAAAAGCCUCUACGCGGAGAAACUGUCGCAGGUCCUGGAAGUUCCUCACAUUUCCAUGGGCACCCUCCUUCGCCAGGAGCUCAGCCCUCGAUCUGCUCUCUACAAACUGAUAUCAAAUGCUGUGAAUGAAGGGAAGCUAGUGCCAGAGGAGGUCAUAUUUGGGUUGUUGUCAAAGAGGCUUGAAGAGGGAUACUCCAAAGGUGAAAGUGGAUUCAUUUUGGAUGGUAUUCCCAAAACUAGAAUGCAAGCUGAGAUUCUUGAUCAAAUUGCUGACAUUGAUCUAGUGGUAAACUUCAAAUCAGCAGAGCAACAGCUGUUGAAAAGAAACUAUGUCGGCUUAGGACAUUCUCCGUCUGUGGGUGGAUCGGAUGAGAGUUCGUGGGGGGAGAAGUUCCGCUUGUAUGCAGAAGAGGUAAACGGCAAGGCAGUGGAAGAUUACUACAGGGAGCAGAGGAAGCUUCUCGAUUUCCAAGUCCCUGGUGGACCAGGGGAAACAUGGCAAGGGUUGUUGGCUGCUUUGCAUCUCAAGCAAGCAAAUGCCGUUCUAUCUUCUAAGAAGCUUGCUGCUUGAUCUGUGUGUAGCUUCUCUACGUUUAGAGGUGCCCGGCUGACAAUUCUAGUAAAUAUGUAUACCGCAGAGAGAUGCGAGAGUAUUGUUUUGGCAGAGACUAACAAUUGCCAGCUGAAAUUUUGAAGCUUUAUGUUCCAUUCAGUAGGGUUUCUGUUACCAUGAUAAUAUGAUAUGUAGUUUGUGAGCUGGAGAUGCAAUUUUGAGGAGUUCGCAUUGUUGCUUUUGUAAGGGCUUUUGAGUGGUUUUUGGCCAAAAGGACAAUUGGCAUCCGGGAAAAGUUAUUAUUAAAUCAAAACAACCAUAUUGUUAUGCUUUCUAUCAAUACAAGAUCCUUCUGCUUUUCCUUUGUUCCUGUUGUUUGUGGCUGGUUUGUCUUUAACUUGAAUAAGUUCUAUGCCUUUUGCUGGCCUCAAUAUUUGGUUUCUGG